UGAAGCGGGGCUGCGGGAGGCGUGGGUAGGUGGCGGAAGGGGAGGGCCGGGGGAAGUUCUUCCGUGAACCACUUCCGGCGACGGAGCCGGAAGUUGUGGUCCAGCCGUUUCUACCGGGGGCUGCGGCUGAGAGUGCGGCGAGAACGCGGCCAUGGGCGGGAAGAACAAGCAGCGGACCAAGGGGAACCUGAGGCCUUCAAACAGUGGCCGAGCUGCAGAACUUCUUGCAAAAGAACAGGGAACUGUGCCCGGGUUUAUUGGUUUUGGGACGUUCCAGAGUGACCUGGGCUAUGUUCCUGCUGUUCAAGGAGCUGAAGAAAUUGAUAGUCUUGUAGAUUCUGACUUCCGAAUGGUCCUACGGAAACUUUCUAAGAAAGAUGUCACAACAAAAUUAAAAGCUAUGCAAGAAUUUGGAACCAUGUGUAUAGAGAGAGAUGCAGAAAUUGUAAAAGGGGUUCUUCCAUACUGGCCAAGAAUUUUUUGCAAAAUUUCACUUGACCAUGACCGCCGGGUGCGAGAAGCCACACAGCAAGCUUUUGAAAAACUUAUCCUCAAAGUUAAGAAACACCUGGCUCCUUAUUUAAAAAGUGUGAUGGGCUAUUGGCUCCUGGCUCAGUGUGACACUUACCCACCUGCUGCAUCGGCAGCAAAGGAUGCCUUCGCAGCCGCCUUCCCCCCCAGCAAGCAGCCUGAGGCCAUAGCGUUCUGUAAGGAUGAGAUUGCAAGUGUGCUGCAGGAUCAUCUGAUAAAAGAAACACCCGACUCCCUCAGUGACCCGCAAACUGUUCCAGAGGAAGAGAGAGAAGCUAAAUUCCACCGGGUUGUGACGUGCUCCUUGUUGGCCUUGAAGAAGCUGCUCUGCCUCAUCCCAGAGCACGAGCUUGGGUCUCUGGAGGAGAGGUUUCGGUCCCUGCUGUCCCAGAGCAAGUUUUGGAAGUACGGAAAGCACAGUGUGCCUCAGAUCCGCGCUGCUUAUUUCGAGUUAGUUUCUGCUUUGUGCCAGCGCAUUCCACACUUGAUGAGGGACGAAGCAUCACGAGUGAGCUCCUCUGUCCUACUCAGCAUUGACGACAGCGACCCCAUCGUGUGCCCAGCCCUCUGGGAGGCUGUGCUGUAUACCCUGACGACUGUUGAGGACUGUUGGCUUCACGUAAACGCCAGAAAAAGCGUGUUCCCCAAGCUGUCGGCCGUGAUGCGUGACGGCGGCCGGGGCCUGGCCCCGGUCAUACACCCCAACCUGCUGCCGUUCGUCAGCAAGCUCCCGCAGUCCGUCACCGACCCCAAGCUGGACUUCUUCAGAGACUUCCUCACCUCUCUGGUCGCGGGGCUGUCAACAGAGAGAAUCAAAACCAGCCUCUCCGAGUGCUCGGCAGUGAUAUCUGCGUUUUUUGAUUGCUUGCGUUUUAUAAUGCAGCAGAACUUAGGAGAGAAGGAGAUGGAGGAGAUGCUCAUCAGUGAUCAGUUGAUUCCUGUGAUUGAUGCAGUUCUCAAAGACCAAAGAUUGCAGGAUGGGCAGCCCUUUGACUGUUUAGCAGAAACUUUAAGUUCUUGGGAAGCCAAAGCAGAUAUGGAAAAAGAUGAUGAAACUGCUCACAGCUUGGAGAAAGUGCUCCUGAACUUCUGGGAAAGACUAUCAGAGAUGUGUUUUAAGAAAAUGAAUGAGCCAGAAGCUGAUGUUAAGUCUGUUUUGGGUGUAUCUAACCUAUUACAGGUCCUUCAAAAGCCGAAGGGCUUGUUGAAGUCAAAUAAAAAAAAAGUUGGUAAGGUCAGGUUCGCUGAUGAGAUGCCUGAAAGUCAUUCAGCGAACGAAAAACACUUCCCCUCAGAAGGCGAGAGCAGUGAGGGCUGGGACCCGGUGGCUGAGCCUCUUCUCUCCCGUAACUGUUCAGACCUUGUGUCCCCGCUGCGGAAGAAGCCUUUGGAAGACCUAGUCUGCAGACUGGCAGGGAUGAGCAUUAGUUUUGUCAACAAACAAAAGUCAGAGCAACACCUGAGGUUUCUUUCCACUCUGCUCAGUUCCUUCUCUUCAACCCAAGUAUUUCAGACGCUGCUUGGUGAUGAAGGGCAGAGCACUGCCAAGUCCAGACCUCCUGAAAUAGCCGAGCUUAUACAGAAAAACCCUGCAGUGCAGUUUUUGUACCAGAAACUCCUCGGUUGGCUGAAGGAAGACCAGAGGCAGGACGCUGGUUUCCUGGUGGACAUUCUGUACAGUGCCCUCCGUUGCUGUGAGGAUGACAAGGAGAGAAAAGAUGUCUUAGACGACCUGACCGAGGUGGAUCUGAAGUGGAAUUCAGUCCUUCAGGUCAUCGAAAAGGCAUGUUCUAGUUCAGAGAAACAUGCUUUAGUCAUUUCUUGGCUGAAAGGAGACAUCCUCGGAGAGAAAUUGGUAACCUUGGCAGAUCGUCUCUGCAAUAAAGGCUUGGAAUCCACAGUAACUUCUGAACCUUACCUCUCAGAAAGAUGGGCUCUGUUAAGCUUGGUAUUAUCCCAACAUGUUAAAAGUGAUUACUUGAUAGGAGAAGUGUAUGUUGAAAGAAUUAUUGUUAACCUUCAUGAAACUUUAUCCAAAGCAAAGAAAUUGUCAGAAGCUGAAAAUAAUGACUCUUCAGUGUCUUUUGUCUGUGAUGUGGCCUAUGACUAUUUUAGCUCAGCAAAAGGAUGCUUGCUCAUGCCAUCAUCUGAAGAUUUGUUAUUAACUCUCUUUCAGCUGUGUGCUCAGAGCAGAGGAAAAACACAUUUGCCAGACAUCCUCAUCUGCAAACUGAAAAACACUUGGCUCUCGGGCAUGAGUGUGCUGGUGCGUCAGACGGGCUGCGCAGGCCUGCAGAGUGCCUUCCUGCGCUCGUCUGCUCUGUGGCUGAAGGGCCAGGUCCAGUCCUCACCUCUGGACAUCCCAAGUCUUCAGGGCCUCUUAUCUACUGUGGAUGAUUUGCUCAAUAAGCUUCUGGAGAGUGAAGACACCUCCCUCCUGGGAGUUUAUAUUGCAGGUGUCAUGCCAGACGGCAGAGAGUGGGAAACGAUGAGACAGUCCCUCCCUAUGCAGUGGCUGCACAGACCUCUGUUUGAAGGAAGACUGAGUUUGAAUUAUGAGUGUUUCACAACAGAUUUUAGAGAACAAGAUACAAAGACACUCCCUAGCCAUUUGUGUACUUCAGCAUUACUGAGCAAAAUGAUAAUAGUUGCACUGAAAAAGGAAAUAGUCCUAGAAAAUAAUGAGCUCGAGAAAAUAACCGCAGAGCUUCUCUACUCCCUGCAGUGGUGCGCGGAGUUGGACAACCCGCCGGCUGCCCUCACUGGGUUUCAGGAAAUGCUUGAGAAGAUGAACAUUACGUUCGAUGACUUGUGUGGACUUGGUAAUACCUCCGACCUUUUGCACCUGCUAUUUAACAGAUCCAUGGAACACGGCACUCUGUGGUCUCUUAUUAUUGCUAAAUUGAUCCUUUCCCAAAGCAUUUCAUCUGAUGAAGUAAAACGGCAUUAUGAGGAAAAAGAAAGCUUUUUCCCACUGACAGAGGGGAAUAUGCACACUAUUCAAAGUCUCUGUCCAUUUCUAUCAGAAGAAGACAAUAGAGAACUGGUUGCUCGUUGUAUACCUGCCCUUUUGGUCUGGACCAAGGAAGAUCUUUACACUGUAAAUGGAGGUUUUGGACAUCUUGCCGUUUUAAAUUCUUGUCUGCAAACCGGAAGCAUAGAUGAUGCAGAGGUAUUACAUGGUAUACUGAGAAUCCUGAUAUGCUGGAAGGUAGACUAUGAAGACCUUUUCCUUCUCAGUUGUAACCUGUCUGAAGUGGGUCCGGAGGUCCUGACAGUGAACAUAGAGAUCAUGCGGUUCCUCUCCCUGUUCGUCAAGUGCUGCACCCCCCCGCUGUCUGAGAACGAGUGGGACUUCGUCCUGUGCUGCAUGCUGGCCUGGCUUGAGACCACGAUCGAGAACCACGAGCUGUGCCACGUGCCCCUGGUCCAGUUGUUUGCCUGUGUCAGCUGCGAUCUGGCCUGUGAGCUCAGUGCCUUUUUCGAGUCCACAAUUCCAGAGUCCGAGGGCUACCUCCCUGAAAAUCUGAUCAUUGAAUGGAAAGAAUUUUUUUCCCAAGGCAUCCACAGUUUGCUCUUACCUCUUUUGGUUACUGUUACAGAGCAGAGCAAUGAUACAUCUGAAACAUCCUAUCAGAAUGCGAUGCUGAAGCCCAUGUGUGAAACGUUGACGCACAUCACAAAAGAUCAUCUGCUGAGUCACAAGCUCCCUGCAGUGUCACUUGCUGGGCAGAAAACGAACUUGCCGGAGCACCUCCAGACUCUGCUGGACACACUGGCCCCACUGCUCCUCUUCAGAGCUCGGCCCGUGCAGAUUGCUGCCUAUCACAUGCUGUACAAGUUGAUGCCAGAAUUACCACAGUAUGAUCAGGAUAAUCUAAAGUCAGAUGGAGAUGAAGAGGAAGAGCCAGCCCUGUCCCCACCAGGGGUGCUGAUGUCUCUGCUCAGCACUCAGGAGGACUUGCUGGAUAGCGUCCUGGGGUCUGUUCCUGUGGGACAGAUCGUCACGAUCAAGCCACUGAGCGAAGACUUCUGCCAUGUCCUGGGCUACCUCCUCACCUGGAAGUUAAUACUGACUUUCUUCAAAGCGUCUUCCUCUCAGCUUCGGGCUCUGUAUUCAAUGUACCUCCGGAAAACAAAGAGUUUAAACAAACUGCUCUAUCACCUGUUCAGGCUCAUGCCAGAAAACCCGACCUGUGCAGAGGCAGCCUCUGAGCUCCCUAGCAAGGAACCUAAGACUUUCUUCACGGAAGAGCUGCAGUUGAGCAUCAGGGAAAUGACGACUCUCCCGUACCACAUUCCACACUUGGCGUGCUCGGUCUACCACAUGACCCUGAAGGACUUGCCUGCCAUGGUCCGGCUGUGGUGGAACAGCAGCGAGAAGCGGGUUUUCAACAUCGUGGACAGGUUCACGAGCAAGUACGUCAGCAGUGUGCUCUCUCUCCAGGAGAUCUCUGCUGUGCAGACCAGCACGCAGCUGUUCAACGGCAUGACGGUCAAAGCUCGAGCUGCUACUCGAGAGGUCAUGGCCACUUACACCAUCGAGGACAUAGUCAUUGAGCUGAUAAUACAGCUGCCUCCCAACUACCCGCUGGGCUCCAUCGCUGUGGGGAGUGGGCGGCGUGUGGGUGUGGCGGUGCAGCAGUGGCGCAACUGGAUGCUGCAGCUGAGCACCUACCUCACCCACCAGAAUGGAAGUAUCAUGGAGGGCUUAGCGCUGUGGAAAAAUAAUGUGGACAAGCGCUUCGAGGGCGUCGAAGACUGCAUGAUCUGCUUUUCAGUCAUUCACGGUUUCAACUAUUCUCUUCCCAAAAAGGCCUGUAGAACGUGCAAGAAGAAAUUCCACUCAGCCUGCCUGUAUAAAUGGUUUACCUCGAGCAACAAAUCCACGUGUCCACUCUGUCGGGAGACCUUUCUCUGAGGUGUCUUUCCGGAAGCGGCCCCUGCGGGGCAGCGGGGGCGUGGCCUGGGCGCCGCCCUCCGGGGCUGCGGCCGGAAGUGACGCUGCGGCCGGAAGCCACGGCUGCUGCUCGGUGUGACGUCCGACCGCCGGCCCCUGACCUGUAGGUGGCUUUGUAAGUGUUUAGAGUUCUUUUCUUUUCCAUGUGAAUAUUACAUAUUUCAGAGGAAAUAUUUAUAUUAAUAGUCUAAUCUCUUUGUAUAUUUAAAAAUAAAUACGGAGAACCCUAAAUUACA